CACUUCCGCAGCCGUCGCUGCCGUUGCUGCGACACGAGACGUCAACAGCGAUGGCGGACAAGGAGAAGCGGCGGUCCGGGGUUACUCCGCCGGGGAUGCCCGAGGGCAGAGCCGCCAAACUGGACAGCGACCGCGAGUUUCUGUCGUCGGCGGGGGUGGGGGAGCUGCUCCGCGGGGCCAUCCUGAAGAUGGUCGAGGCCAGAUCGGACGACCCGGUCGGCUUCCUCGCCGACCACUUCUGCAACCUCGCUUCUGUGACGGAGACCGGCGCGGCUGGAUGCGGCGACGGGGAUGCGCACGGCAACGGGCCGCUGAGCGCGAGCGCGAGCGCGCAGGAGGCGCAGCAGCAUCUCAACCGUGCGCUCUGGCACCUGCGGCUGGCGCACCACUCCCAGAGAUCUGCCUUUAGCAACAACGUCCGUGUGGCCUACGAUCUCCUAAAUCUCACGGGGGCCUGUAGACAGCCACCAGAGGGUCCUGAGGGCCCCGAAGGCUCCUGCACUGAGGGGCCCACGCCGGAGGGCGGAGGAGGGGGCGUGAAAGGAGGCCUCUACACACAGACGCUGCAGUGUCUAUGCAGUGAGGGUGGAGUGCCUGCCUCCACCUCUGCCCCGCUCCUCCAGCGCCUCCAUUGCCAGGAUCACGAGGCCGUCCCCUAUGACGUCUUCCGUCACGGUGUGCUUACGUGCGCCGUUUUCUCAGACUACAUUCGCCAAGCUCAGCGACUCUACGCGGAGGUGUGCUGCCCAGAUGAGGGGCCCGCCUCACGGGCCCUGUGCCUGGCAGUGCUGGGGACCCUAAAGGAAGCCCUGGAGACGUCUCAGGGCUGCGAUGCAAACUGUUGCCUUAACGCCAAUGCUAAAGCUAAUCAUUGUCUGGAGGCCGGCGUGAAGGCAAUCCGCUACCUGGAGGCCAGCGCUAAGAUCUCUCCCUGCAAGCUAGCGCAGGCCAUGUCCGGAGCACAGACGCGCGGCCCGGGAGGACACAUGGACGCGAAGGAGUUCGAGAACGCGGCAGCAGAGCUGUUCAUCACUCGAGUCAAAGUUGUGUCCUAGGUCGCUUUUCGGUUUCAUAAUAUAUACAUAAGUAACCGUCCGCUUUAUUAAAUCUCCACUACAAAUGUCUUACACCUACAAAAACAUUUUAUUAACUUAUAAAAAUUAUCUUAUUGCACUAUUUUAAGUAUGAACUUUGUUUGAGGAUCCCUCUGAAAGCCAUCAUUUUGUGUGUAACAUUAUUAAAAUACUGUAUGUUGUGUAACAUCUGUUUUCUGUAAAGGUAAAAAUGACAGCAUAACAUCUGCAGGCAGUUAAUUAUGUGUUAAUAUUAUUAAAAUGCAUUAUGUGUUCUGUGAUGGGCAUUGAGAACAAUAACGAA